UGGAAAACAUGGAGGAUAGUAGUGUGUAGUGUAAACUAAAUUGUGACAAAUACCGCACAGUUGCAAGUAUCUUCGUUUGUAAAGGACAUUUAGCGAACAAAUUGGACUAAACUACUCACCUGUGGGAAAAACAGUCGUCUGUUGAAGUCACUGGGAGUCUGAAGAGCCGUGGAAAGUGCGAGAAGCAUUUAUGACAGUGGCUUUUGGUUGAAAUACUGGCCAAAGAUUUGAUAAGCUGAUCAUCUUUCAAUCAUUAAAAUAACAAAUGUUCUACAAAACCUACUCUACUCAAAAACCCCGUGGAUUUGGCAUAUGCCUGGUGAAAAAGAAGUGAGGAGUGCUGAGUCUGGCUGAUUGAAGCCAGCAAACAUGGGUGCCAACACCAGCCAGGUCAGUGACCUGUCCGAUAACCCCAGCCUCAAAGCCCUGGUGGGCACGGAGUCCAUAUCGGAGAAUGAUCCUUUCUGGAACCAGCUCAUCUCAUUCACCUUCAUCAGUCCCACCAGCAGCGGAGACUCCAAGUUGCUGGAAGAGGCUGUCAUCCCCCUGGCCAAGAUUCUCAUUGAAAACAAUCCCAGAACGGGGAACUUUGGUGCUCUCGUCAGAAUUUUCCUGGGAAGAACCAAAGAGCUGAAAAUCUCCACAGAAUGCCAAGAUCAGCUGUUUAUCUGGCAAGCCCACAACGCUCUCUUCAUGAUCCGCUGCUUGCUCAAGGUGUUCAUCAGGGAGAUGAGUGAAGAGGAGCUGCACCUACAGUUCUCCUACCAGGAGAGGGCACCAGGCUCCUGUGGAGAAACAGGCAGCCAGGACCUCCUCGAGGAGCUGCUGUCAAACCUCGUCCACCUGAUCGUUGAAGUGCCCCUGCUAGACAUCACCUACAGCAUCCUGUUUGAAGCAGUUACUACACUGCUGGUAUUCUUCUCCUAUCAGCUCUUCCACAAAGACAUCCUCAGAGAUGGAUUGAUCUACCAGCACAUCAUGAAGGGACGAUGUUUGUCUCUAACUAGUCGACUGGUAAAGACGCUGCUCUAUAACUUCAUCAGGCAGGAGAAAUGUCCACCUCCAGCUACGCACAUCUUUGAGCCCAAAGACGAGGGAGGCCUGCUUUAUGGCCUGGCAUCAGGAGUUGCAAGUGGGCUGUGGAGCGUCUUCACAUUGGGAGGAGCUGGCAGCAAAGCUGGGGUAGACCAGGAACACAACCCGUUACCUUUGUCCAAUCAGAGCCUUCUGUUACUGCUGGUCCUCGCCAAUCUGACAGAUGGACCUGACUGGCCUAACCCCUACCGCCAGGCUAUCACUUGUUUUAGAAACACACAAGACACAUCGUCGCUUCCUGUGGAGCAGCCUCACACUUUCCAGAUCAAUUUCAACAGCCUGUACACGGCGCUGUGUGAGCAGCAGCGCUCCGAUCAGGCAACACUACUACUGUACACCCUCCUCCAUCAGAACGCCAACAUGAGGACGUAUAUGCUCUCCAGGACGGACAUGGACAAUCUGGUGCUGCCCAUCCUCGAGAUCCUUUAUCAUGUGGAGGACAGAAACUCUCAUCAUGUCUACAUGGCACUCAUUAUUCUCCUCAUCCUCACUGAGGAUGACUCCUUCAAUCGCUCCAUCCACGAGGUGGUGUUGAAAAACAUCUCGUGGUACACAGAGAGGUCGCUGACAGAGAUCUCACUCGGCAGUUUGCUCAUCCUGGUGGUCAUCCGCACCAUCCAGUUCAACAUGACGCGGACAAGGGAUAAGUACCUCCACACCAACUGUCUAGCUGCACUCGCCAACAUGUCUGCUCAGUUUCGUUGUCUUCACCAGUAUGCUGCACAGCGCAUCAUCAGUUUAUUUGCUUUGCUUUCCAAAAAGCACAACAAGGUUUUGGAACAGGCAACACAGUCUCUGAGAGGCCGACAAGGAGACAACACGGCCCUGCCUGACUAUGCCCAGGACCUGAAUGUGAUCGAGGAGGUGAUCCGCAUGAUGUUGGAGAUCAUCAACUCCUGCUUGUGCAACUCUCUCCACCACAAUCCCAACCUGGUGUACGCGCUUCUCUAUAAGAGGGAGCUGUUUGAGCAGUUCAGGACGCACCCAUCCUUCCAGGACAUCAUGCAGAACCUGGACACGGUGAUCGGAUUCUUCAGUCAGCGUCUGGAGCAGGCUGGAAGUGACCUUUCAGUGGAGAGGGUGCAGGAGGUCAUCAUGAAAGGAGCCCAGGCCUUGCCCAAAGACAGACUGAAGAAGUUUCCAGAGCUGAAGUUUAAAUAUGUUGAGGAAGACCAGCCUGAGGACUUCUUCAUCCCCUACGUUUGGUCACUUGUCUUCAACUCCGGAGUCGGUCUCCACUGGAGCCCACACGGCAUCGAGCUGUUCAGCAUGGACUCUGGCUGAUCGAGCCAGCGAGCGUAUUCCUCCCUGCUCAGUGUAGGAAAAUAAAGAGACUGGCGGCAUGUGUGUGUGUGUCUGUGUUUGGGUGAGUGUGUGCGCAUCGCCCUUUAUAGUGUGUGCACGCUGCUUUGAAAGUGCCUCAACCUUGUACAGAGCGUUUUCUCUUCUUUUUAUGCAGCACAGUGUUUUUUUUUCCCCCCUUCAUAUCACAGUAAUUCCUCUGCUUCCCUCUACACUGUGAAGCUUCAUCUGUGCAGGGUAACAGUUCACACCGUAGCACCCACUCACGCACAGUCAGUCCUGUCGGGAAUACCUGUUAAGCAGAGCGGCUUCACCUCUCCUGUAAAGCGUUUUCUUAUUGUGUGGAGCUCAGGACGCUGGCGAUGGAUAAUCCUAUUCUAUUUUUUCUUGCUCAUAGAGAAAGGUCAAGUUUCUUUGCGCUGGUGAAAGUUUAUUUUCAGCUGCAUUUAAGGCUAUGACAAGACAGGCCAAGUGUCUUUAAGCAUACAUUUCAUGAAUAACUUGUAUUUACAGCUGAGUACUGAGGCCACAAAAAAUGGAGAUUUCAAGAUUAAAGUCGUAAUAUUUCAAAAAUAAAGUGGUGAUUCCUUUUGGGGCUUUUUGCCUUUACAUGAUUGGACAGCUGAAGAGAGACAGGAAAUAUUGGGAGGUCAGUGAGGGGACGACAUGCACCAAACAGCACCAGGAUCAACAUUUAAACCUGCCACUAGUGUGUUCAGUGCUGCAGCCUCUGUUCAUAUGCCUGCUCUACCAAGUGAGCUAAACUGAUGCCCAUAAAGUGGUUGAUUUACAUUAUUAAUGUUGUAAAUUUCACAAGAAUAAAAUCAUAAGAGAAGACAGACGUAGUAUUACAGGAAUAAAGUUACAUAUUCACAAAAUCGAACCAUCCAUCCAACUUCUCCCGCUUAUCCUGGGUUGGGUCCCGGCAGGCUAAGUAAUUCAGCCCAGACAUCCCUCUCCCCAGCUCCUCCUGGGGGAUUCUGAGGCAUUCCCAGGCCAAAUGAGAUAUAUAAUCCCUCCAGUGAGUCCUGGGUCUAUUCCAAGGUCUCUUCCAAGUUGGACUCGCCCGGGAGACCUCCACCAGGAGGUCCUACUGAUGAUACAAUAGCAUUACGACAACUGUGAAAAGAAAAACUGAAAUAUUGAUUGUCAUUCCUCUCUCUCUCCUUUCUCUAUAAGGCAAAAAAAAAACUUUUAUUCUGGGGCAAUUAGCAAAUGACUUUCAUAAGAUGGUUAAUUGUGGAAGUCCAUUGCCAAAUGAUUGUCAUUCUGAUAGAAAAGCUGAAAGGAUUAAUAUCUUAAGCAUUGUCUAUCAGGGUUCUUACUGAACUGUCGAAAAUGCUCAUGUUUUAAUGUUGUUUCAAAGUUUUUAAAGCGAUCAGAUUUUGGAUAAAGUGCUUCAAAGUGCUUAAAACUGCCCUCCUAUUUCUCUAUAAUAAACAUCUAUCUGACUGAAAAGUUUGUUUAUACAGAAAUAAAAUAAGUUGUAGUCUUUCAUAUAAAAUAAAAGCUGCUUUUAGCGGUUGUUCAUUCAGUUUAACACAGCUGUAAGGUUCUGGAAAAGUUUGAAAAUACACCUUCAAAUUGCUUGCAAAAUGCUUGAAUUUGCCCUUGGAAAAGAUGGACAAACAUGGCAACAUGGAAAACAUGAGUGUCUCAAGAUAACACCGCUGUCUGAGCAUGGCCAUAUAUAAUGUGUUAUUAUUUGAACCAAGGUUGCAAAGAAAGUAGAAAACAUGCUGGGGUAGGCUAUAACACAGUUUUAGUGCUGGAGGUUGGCUGCUUUACUACAGAAAGGUCGCAUUCACAUGAGGAAAAAAAAAGGAUGUUUUUCUGAAUUAAAGAGAUAAUUAUUUCAGAUAUCUGACUGAGGUUAGCCACCUUUGGUCAGAGUGAAAUCUUGGAGCUGUGGAGCCAGUAAGUAAGGGUCCACAGGAUCCGAAAGUGUGCAGUUUAAAUUCAUGUCUCAGUUUUUCUGCUGUUUUCAGGUGAUGUAAACAUUUUAAAAAGAUGGAGAAUCAAAUGCCCCAUGCUGAAGCUCCACAUAGUGGUCAAUGUUAGCUGUUUUCAGCUUUUACUGCCCUCCAGGCCACGCUGAUCACAUGACUGCUAUGAAUGUAUGACAGUUGUGUUCUCUCUCAGUUUAGUUUUAGACUACUGAGGAAAGAUAGAUAUUAAUCACAGAGGAGUUAGAGGAGCUAGUUGCAUAAGGAAACACUUUACAUUAAAAAAGUCUGAAUAUAGCCGAUGUGAAGUAAAACGGUCUUAAACAUCUCCAGGUGAAUUAUCAAGGCUGAAAUUAAUCAUGAAAUGGUUCAUAUUUUCUCCUUUGCCAUUGGAUCUGUGAACUCACACCACUGUGACAAACUGUGCUGAUUCGCAUCUGUUGACAUCUGAUGAUGCAACAUAUCUACACAUGGGACUACGUGAAAUCCCGUUUGAACUCAGCCACUUAAACUGUGACACAGAUUGUCUCGUUAACUCUGAAAAACAGUGGAUAUCUUAAAUUUUAUUAAAGCAUACGGCAUAUACUGAGUGGAUGUCUCAUAAUCCCAAGAUUAAUAUCUCUAUUAUCCAGAAAAACAGCAUAUUUUUAUUUCUCAUGCGAAUGCGAUACGUUUACAUGGCUUUUCUGAGAUUACCCUUCAAAAUAACACAACUUUAAUCUAAGAAUUACAGCUUUAAUGGUUUGUUCCAGUUGAUUUUGACCUUGGUAGUUUUGAGAUGCCAUCCAGAAUCACCCCUGAAAACUAGAAUUCCCAUUCUGAAUCUUGGAAGCGCUUCAGCAUCCCAAGUUACCAGCUGGUAGUAACUAGAAACAGAUUGUUGAACGCAUCGUAAACUACAACUUUAACCUCAUAAGACUAGCUUUAAUCUUGAAAUCUUGGUCUUUAAUGUGGCCUCUGUACUCUGUCACAUGUAUGAUAUUGGGUUAUAGGUCUGAUUAUGUCAUAAGGUAGUGUUUUAUUUUGACCAACAUUGUUCUCUGAUAACAAUGGGUUUAUAUAUUAAGAUUUUUAUUUGUAAAAUAAACUGCAAAAAAAGGUCAGAGAGAGAAAAAACAUGAGAAAGUGACUUGAUAUUUUCAGAUUUGUAUCCACUAAUGCUGCUUUAGUGGCCCCCUCUCAUGCUCCACAUUGAGUUUAAUUAAGGCUUCAUUUCAGUCUCUUGAUAGUAAACCUGUCCACAAUGUUCUGAUUCAUUAGAUUUUACUGUUACUUUCAGCCCAUUUAUUUGACUUUACCCGCUCUUUGUCGUUUCCAUUUUUCAAUGGUAACCCAAAGGCAGGAAGAUAAACCAGGACAAGUCAUUAAAGCUCCUGUCCUGUUGUGCAUAAUUACACUCGUGUCAUUGAUUUGUCACUUUAUUUGCAUGUUUAACUAAAGACUUUGUAUUAAAUUAUUUAUUUUCAUGUAUAUUGUUUUUUAUAUAUGUUUAGCCCCCUUAAAUGUUAAAAGAAGCGGUCCUGAGUCGACUGCUGUUGAGGAGAAAACUGGUGGUACUAUGCUUUGAUUCUUCCCAGGUGGGAAACUGGCUUUAUAUGACUACAUAUAUAAUGACAACAGCUGUCAUUUUGUGGCGAAGAUUACUUUGGAAAUAGGAGUUUAAAUAAAAACAA